UUGUCUCAUAUGUAGCUGGAACAUCUGUGCUUCGGCAAUAUGAUAUUGGGGAACAAAUUGCUAGUGCAGGUCUAUGGAAAAUAUAUUCAGGGACUAAAAAGACUACAGGUCAAAAAGUAGCUGUAUUUAUAUUUGAAAAAAGGAUUUUUGACAAUAAUAAUUUAUUGAAGAGUUUUGAAAAAAAGGAAACGGAUAGGGUUUAUCAAGUUUUAAAGAGAGAAGCUAGUCAACUUGCAAGGCUUCGUCAUCCGUCAUUACUUGAAGUAGUUGAGGCAGUGGAAGAGUCAAGAACUGUUAUUAC